GUAUCUGUGAUUCAGUCGACUCCAAUCGGCCGGCUGUAUAGAACGCAGCUAUCGCCAUUAAAAAAAUAUGCGGUGACCGCGCCAAAAUAGAAAGUUGCAUUUUUUUAUUUUUAUUUAUUGUGCAUUGUGCAGUGUGCGUAUUUAGGACAAAAUCGAAAAUGUUACCAUUUUUUGUUUUUCUGACGUUAUCAGCGGUGCUGUGCGCGAGCGAACCCACGGCGGAGCCCAAAGCUCUACCGACAGACACACAAACAGAUCCGGAGGAGCCUCCUGAGGGGUACUAUGCCUUCGUCGAGUCUCCUAAUGCUACCCCGCCGAGAGUUCGACCGCCGCCGUACAGGCAGGUGGCUAGCGAAUGUGCCGAAGCCACGGAGUCCCGGGCGCACGUGAGCGCAAACAACCUGUGCGGGGACCUCAACAGAGGUCUGAUACCUAGGAACCCUAUGGGCCAAAACCCUAACGGAGAACCUUAUCCUUUCGAACUAAUCCGCAAUCACACGCUGCGCUACCUGUCGCGCACGCUGCCCGUGCUACGCGCGGACGACGCGCUGCCGCGCGUAGCGCAUGUGGCGAGCGCUACGAGUGCUACGGGCGCGGCGGCUACGAGCGCUACGCCGCCCAGCGCCACGUACGGCGCGCCGCUGCCGCACGCUGUGCCCGAUAUGCAUCAUAACAGGUUAGAAGAGCGUAAUAAGCGCGCCGCGAGCGAAGUGGACGCGAGCGAAACGGGAGCGAAGCGUGCGGUUGCUAGAGAGAGCAGAAAGUUCUGCGACGGGGGCGGAGUUUUCUGCAUGUUAUAUCGUGCGAUAAAUGGAGACAGUGCUGGACCCGAACGGCGAGAGGACCCCGGAGUCGUUCCUCAUACACCUCAUGCACCACACAGAUAUGAGGGCCCGCCGACGCCGUGCCCCGCGCGCGUGGAGUACGCGACGCCGGUGUUCGCGCGCAACUACCAGGGCGUGUGGCGCUACGUCGUGCAGAUCCCCUACGAGGGGUACUUCACGCAGACCGUCGAGGUCACGCGAUGCAUGCAGUCCCGCUGCCACUACCUGGAGGGCGGCUGCCUGAGCUCGCCGCGCUGGGUGUCGCUGCUCGUGGCCGAGCUGCACUACCCGCCCGACGCGCAACAGGAACAAUACCAGCAGUUCGCAAAUCAAAAGGGUGAUGUGACGACCGAAAAGCCGCUGCAUUGUGAUGGACACGACGAGCUCGGUUGCUAUCAGGUCCGUCUGUACUACGACUGGUUCCUGGUGCCCGGCUCGUGCAAGUGCUGGCGCCCGGACUACUUCGCGCGCUACGUGCGCCGCAAGCACAACGAGCUCUAAGUCUCUCUAUGCCUUGCCAUCUUGUGCAAUCUCUGAAUAUAAUUAUCAUACGGCUAUUUCAUAUCAUCUGGUGCGAGUUCUAAAUGUUACUAUUAUACGGCUUAUAUUGCCAGUUAGACGAAUUAUUCAAAUGAAUCAAUAGCUAUUAAUGUUGACGCUAACAAAGUAUAAGCGACAUGGUCAGUUUUAUUAAAUUCACCUAAUAAAAAAGACAGUAAAAUUAUUAAAACUAAAGUGACAUUUUAUUGACGUGUUGCUAGUUAUGAAAAUAAGUUAACAUUUCACAAUGUUGUCAAUUGCGAUGCGUUCGACGCAGAACUGAUAACCACUAAUGUUUGAUGUCUCUAAUGUUGCUAGCUGUGAAAUGGUUCAAAAAAAAAAAUGACGUAUAUCGACUCGGCGCUACAAACAAUGUUAAAAUUUAAAUAACAAUAAUAUAUAACCGGUAAUAAAUUACUAACGCUUGAAUGUGUAAAUGUACAUACAAAAAAUAGGUAUGUAAUGUAGGUAUUUAUUUAGUUAAUUGUCUUUUAAUAAUGUUGGGUGCUAGUAAUAUGCUAAGACUGUCUUAAAUAAUGUUUAUAUAAUGUUAUAUAAUUUAUGUACCCUUAAAGUGCUUUGUCGUUUAGUUUUUAAUUAUCACAUACUUUUAUAAUGUAAUCUAAAUAUUUUAUUUAAGGUGCAUUUAGAUCUCUCUUAGAUACAGUAGUCGCCAUUUUUGAAGUUGGCAGCACUUUAACAGUAUGAAGUUUAUAAUCUAUAACUUUAGCUUUCAAAACUGAAAUUUUGGCGCUUACUGUAUCAGUAUGUCACAAAAUACCUAGGUGGUUUUAUUAAUUAGUAAAAAUAUUUAGCUCAAUGUGCAUUUAUUAAUCUAAUAGUUCUUAAUUAAGUUUUUCGCAUUACGGUUAUACAAUGACGUUUAAUAAAGUGUUAUAAGCAAA